AGUUGAGGUUCCCAUGUCUCAGAUGACUCUAGCUUGUGUCCUCGUGAGUUGAGUUGGCAUAAAACUGGCCAGGACAGAAAGGUAUGAAGGCUGCUUAGGGAAAGAGUUUAUUUUGGAGGUAGGAGAGUCACCAGGGAUUUGCAAUGGCCUGAAAUUGAGGACUGGACUUUGAGGGUGAUGGAGUCUUGGGAAGACUGGAGGGCUUUGCCAAGUCUGGGUGCUGGAGUCUAAGCCAUCCAAAGCCCUGAACCCUGCGGUUGCAUGGAGGGGUUGGAAAAGAGACGGCUGCAGAGCUACUUUGCAGCGUGUGAGGAUGAGACCCCUGCUAUCCGGAACCAUGACAAGGUCCUGCAACGCCUGUGUGAGCACCUGGACCAUGCCCUGCUGUACGGAUUGCAAGACCUCUCAUCUGGCUACUGGGUGCUCGUGGUCCAUUUCACCCGCAGAGAGGCCAUCAAGCACAUUGAGGUGCUGCAGCAUGUGGCCACCAACCUGGGGCGCAGCCGCGCCUGGCUCUACCUGGCUCUCAAUGAGAACUCCUUGGAGAGCUACCUGCGGCUGUUCCAGGAGAACCUGGGUCUGCUGCAGAAGUACUAUGUCAGGAACGCCCUGGUCUGCAGCCAUGAUCACCUGACUCUUUUCUUGACCUUGGUGUCUGGGCUGGAGUUUAUUCGCUUCGACCUGGAUCUGGAUGCCCCUUACUUAGAUCUGGCCCCCUACAUGCCUGACUACUAUAAACCUCAGUACCUGUUGGACUUCGAAGACCGUCUUCCCAGCUCAGUCCAUGGCUCAGACAGCCUGUCCCUCAACUCCUUCAACUCUGUCACCUCCACCAACCUGGAAUGGGAUGACAGUGCUAUUGCCCCAUCUAGUGAGGAUUAUGAUUUUGGAGAUGUGUUUCCAGCAGUGCCGUCUGUACCCAGCACAGACUGGGAAGAUGGAGAUCUCACAGAUACCAUCAGUGGCCCUCGUUCCACUGCCUCAGACCUGACCAGUAGCAAGACAUCCACCAAGAGCCCCACCCAGCGCCAUAACCCCUUCAAUGAGGAGCAGCCCGAGGCUGUGUCAUCAUCUGACACCACCCCUGUGCACACUACCUCUCAGGAGAAGGAAAAGGCACAGGCCCCAGACCAGUCAGAUGGCUGUACGGAGCUUGAAGUCAUCAGGGUCACCAAGAAGAAGAAAAUUGGUAAGAAGAAAAAGACCAAAUUGGAGGAGGAAGCAAGCCCACUACAGCCCACCUCCAACUACCAGAAAUGUUCUAGGCAGAGGGAUGGUGACAGACUUGUGGGCACCCCAAGCCUGGGACGGGACUUGCCAGAUCCUGCACUUGCCUCCCCGCAGGAGCAAGGGGGAGGUCCCAGCAGUGAACAGUCUGAGCUCAGCCAGAUGGGCCUGCUGAUCCCGGAGAUGAAGGACACUUCCAUGGAGUGCCUGGGACAGCCCCUGAGCAAAGUCAUUGACAAGCUCCACGGACAGCUGGACCCAAGCACGUGGUGUUCCCAUCCUGAUCCUCCGGAUCAGUCCUUUCGGACCGGCUCUCCCGGGGAAGCCCCGGAAAAACCACCAUUUGGCGACUUUAGUGAGGGGCUUCCAGCCCCAAUGGACUUCUACCGCUUUACGGUCGAGAGUCCAAGUACUGUUGCACCAGGUGGCGGCCACCAUGACCCUGCAGGGCCUAGCCAACCGCUGCAUGUUCCUGGUAGCCCUGCGACUGCUAUCCAAGAAGAAGAGGGAGGAAGAGGAGAGAGACCGGCAUCUCAGCCCCUAGAGGACAUGCAGGGGGAGACUCAGGAACCAGAGCCACAGGAACGGGACACCCAGUUAUCACUGGUCAGCCAGGAGCCUGUGCCUGAACCUGUGUCCCAGCCUGAACUUGGAACCCAGGAGGCUCUUUGCAAGCUCAAGCGAGACCAGCCCAGUCCAUGCCUGAGCAGCGCUGAGGACUCCGGGGUGGACGAGGGCCAGGGCAGCCCUUCAGAGCUGGCACAUCCCUCAGAGUUCAGAGUGGACAACAAUCACUUACUCCUGCUGAUGAUCCAUGUCUUUAGAGAAAACGAAGAGCAGUUGUUCAAAGGGCCACAGAGAAGCCAUACCUGGUGGAAGAGGCUGUUUCUUACAAUGAACUUGACUAUGUGUCGGUUGGCCUGGACCAACAGACGGUGAAGCUAGUGUGUGCUGAUCGCAGGAAGCAGUUUUUGCUGGACACAGCUGAUGUGGCCCUGGCUGAGCUCUUCUUGGCGUCUCUGAAGUCAGCUAUGAUCAAAGGCUGCCGGGAACCACCCUACCCUAGCAUCUUGACUGAUGCCACCAUGGAGAAGUUGGCACUAGCCAAAUUUGUCGCCCAGGAAUCCAAAUGUGAGGCAUCCACAGUGAGUGUGCAUUUCUAUGGGCUUGUGCACUGGGAAGACCCCAUGGACAAGACCCUGGGCCCUGUGUCCUGCAACUGCUCACCCCCUGAGGGCACCAUCACCAAAGAAGGCAUGCUGCACUACAAGGCUGGCACCUCGUAUCUGGGCAAGGAACACUGGAAGCCCUGCUUCGUGGUGCUCAGCAACGGAAUCCUCUACCAGUAUCCUGAUCGCACUGAUGUCAUCCCCCUGCUCUCGGUGAACAUGGGGGGGGAGCAGUGCGGUGGCUGCCGGAGAUCCAACACCACAGAUCGGCCCCACGCCUUCCAGGUCAUUCUGGCUGACCGGCCCUGCCUGGAACUAAGUGCUAACAGCGAGGCCGAGAUGGCUGAGUGGAUGCAGCAUCUCUGCCAGGCAGUGUCCAAAGGAGUCAUACCCCAGGGGGUGGCUCCCAGCCCCUGUAUCCCUUGCUGCCUGGUAAUCACGGGGGACCGCCUCUUCACAUGCCACGAGGAUUGCCAAACCAGCUUCUUUCGAUCCCUGGGCAUGGCCAGGCUGGCUGACAUCAGUGCAAUCUCCACAGAACUGGGCAAGGAGUACUGUGUCCUGGAGUUCUCCCAGGAUAGCCCACAGCUGCUCCAACCUUGGGUCAUCUAUCUGAGCUGCACUUCAGAACUGGACAGGUUCCUGACUGCCCUGAGCUCUGGGUGGAAAGCCAUCUACCAGGUUGACCUCCCUCACAAGGCGAUUCAUGAAGCCUCCAUCAAGCAGAAAUUCGAAGAUGCUCUGAGCCUCAUCCACAGUGCCUGGCAGCGGAGCGACAGUCUCUGCCGAGGCAGAGCCUCCCGGGACCCCUGGUGCUGAGGCGUGGCUGAGCAGCACUGCAGGCAGGCAGGCAGGAAGGAGGCAGGCUGACCAGUGUGUACACUGUGCUGUGCCACCAUGCUGUUUCGGAGCCAGGUGUCCACAGGCCUCUACAGCCCACUCCUGCCUUGAGGUGGCAGAACCACUAGCGUGAUCCAGGGAUCCAGAGUGAGUGACUAGAGGUCACUGAGGCAGAAGGUCUGAGCCCUGUGGGCUCUGUAGACAUAUGGUAUUCCCUGGGCCACCACCUUAGUUCUCACCAUCUGUUCAGGGUGGCCAUGAGAAUAAUAGCAUCCAUUUAAAGGGGAGUAAAGAGACCAGUAGGGUGGGUGUACCAUCUUCCUUUCCUGGGCCAGGGUCCUGGGCAGAUGGUCAGGUCCCCCGGGGGUCGUGAGUGCCCAGCCACCCUUGUUCAUUUUCGAACACUGUUCCCACUGCACAGGAAAACGGGAACACUGGGUAUCUGUGCAUGUCUCCUACUCACGCAUCCACCCAGUGCACAGCAAGCGGCCUGCCUCACAUAGCAGUCCUCUGUGGCUGCUAGGAGGCCCUGCAUGUCCACAGCCCUGCCUCUCCUCUCCCUCAAAUACAGCAGAGCUUGUAGGAGCCAGGGAUCAGUUGGCUCCUUGCCAGGAGCAAAGGAGAAGAAUGGAGAACAGAGCCCAUGAGCCUGGUGGCUACUUUGACACCUGACUGACCCAGGCUUGGCUGGAGCUGGCCCUUCCUGAAGUCUCUGUUAGGUCCUUCGGGGGAUGGGGCAGAUGGAUUGGGCUUUGUUUUUUAAAAUAAAAUUGACAUUAUAUUGCUGAGA